CUCUCUUUCUCUUGUGUUCAUUCAUUUUCGUAUGGCGACCAUUGAGGACAUCAACCCGCAUGUCAGCCAGUGUUUGCUGGCCAUCCUGCUCAACGACGCGGACUCUGAGCAGCAGCUCCACACUCUCGAAGAGUACCCUGCUUUCAGUGCGAGCCUCGCUGCGUUUCUGGCGGACAAUGACGUGCCUCCAGCAGUGCGUCAGCUUGCAGGCAUCUUGCUGCAGCAGUUUGUGACCAAGCGGUGGCAGGGACACUUUGCGCGCGAUCCAGUGACGGACGAGCGUCUGUCCCUGCUCGCCCCUGCGCCGCCGGCCGACGUCAAGGCGCGAGUGCGUGAGCUCGUCGUGCCUGUUCUGGGCUGCACAGACUCCAAGCUGCGAUCGGCCGCUGCCUACCUGCUGGCCAGCAUUGGCAAGUACGAGUGGGAGUCCGAGUGGCCCGAGUUCUUCCCCAUUGUCAACGGAUUGCUCCAGGCUGGCGACAAGAACCAGGCCCACGGCGCAUUGCGUGUGCUCGAAGAGUUCCUGCAUCGCUCGGAUGCCAUUAGCAGCGAGACAAUGAUUCCCGUCUUGCAGAGCCUCACUCCGCUGUUGCACAACAUUUUCAUCUCGGAACACGCGUAUGGCGUGCGCGCUCGCGGUCGCGCAGUCAAGAUCUUCACCACAUGCAUCAAGCACAUUUACACCCGGCGCGCCGACGAAAAGAAGGCGAUCGCUGACGCGAUCGUUGCGCCGUGGAUUGGUCCCUUUGUUGCCGUCCUGUCUGCCGAGCACUCGGAAACCGCCGAUUAUGGCCUUCGUGCGAUGGUGUUGGCCAGCUGCGAGCGGAUUGCUGGAUCCUUCCCUCCCAAGAUUGCCGGAGAGCUGCUCGAGCCCAUUGUCGGCCCGAUGUGGGUGAGCUUUGUUUCUGGCAUCGCUUUCUACGAGCGACUCGUCGUCAAUGCAACCGAUGCCACUGAGGCGGCCAACUACGACUCUGACGGCACCGUCCUUGACUUUGACACGUUUAUCGAGUAUGCGAUGCAGUUCCUCAGCAAAACGCUGGACAUUAAGCGUCUGCGCAACAUUAUCGCUGCCAACCUUACCGGCGUUGCGUACUAUGUCAGCCGUUACGCCCAAAUCACCGAAGAGCAGGCUGAGCGUUGGGAGGACGAUAUUGACGAGUAUCUCGAUGACGAGGAUACCGAGCGAUCUGCAUCAGCCAGUGUUCGAGUCGUUUGCGAGGAAGUGACAUCGGUGCUGUUUGAAACUCUCGGUUCUCCUGUAGCCAUGGCAUUUGUCGAUUCCACAAGCCAGCUAGUGACGGAGGCGCUGGCGGCCCGUGACGCUGGCAGCGAGGCCUGGUGGAAGCUGAUUGAAGCCCCACUCCGCUUGUUGCUUGUGAGCCAAGAGCACGUGCUCGAGUCCCACCGACAUCUGACGGGUGGUGUCCAAUUCGAAGACCUCGUUCGCAAUCUGCUGGCCAACGCGCUCGCCACCGAGAACUUGCCACCCUUCUUCCUUGGCACCGCUUUGAACUUUGCUGCAGCUUAUGUGAGCAUUCUUUCCCCAGAAGUCAGUGCCGCGUUCUUGCCGUCCGUCCUGGCUGUCUUGACGCAAGACGGGUCUUCCAACGUUCUGCGUGUUGGGGCCAUUACCGCCCUGAGCUCGCUGGCAGCUGUCAAGGGCUCGCAAGAAGCCCUGCAGCCUCAUGUUGCAGCCUUGAUUGAAAGCCUUGUUCGAUCUGCAAUGGAUGCCACCCCGACCUUGUUGCAAGUUAUCAUCGAUGGCAUCAUCCUGCUCCUUCCUAUUGACCAGCAAGCUUCAGCUGCACUCGAAGCUCGUCUCACACCGCUUGUUUUGGCCUGCUGUUUGCGGCUCUACACUAACGGCAUGGUUUUGAGCGCCGCGCUUGAUUUGCUGCGCACAAUCUGCCUCAAUCCGCUCAUGCAUGCUACCGCGACCACGCGCAUUGCCCCGGCCGCCAUUUCUUACUUUGAAACCUUCCUCACCUCCGAGACUCCUGAUGAAGCAAUGGUUGAGCUUGUGACGGUGUUUGUGGACAUGAUUGGCAUCUUGGCGGCAUCAGUGCCGCCGGAACAGGCGGACGGGUACGACUCGUUCUUUGUUCCGCAAUUUGGCGCUUUGAUGCGACUAUUACUGCAUACCAACGAGUCGGGUAUUGUUCAAGAGGGCACAGUCGCGCUCCGCGGCUUUGUUCGGUCCUUCCCAGCACGAAUCCUGGCCUUCGCCGACGCCAACGGCAAUUCGGGAGCGACGCUUCUGCAAGCCUUCGUGAUGAAGGUUUUCGGACCCACAGCGCCGUGGCCCUAUGUCUACUUUGGCGACAACCUCGUUCUUGGAAUUCUGCGCAAGAUUCCCGAAGUUUUGACUCCGUACCUUUCAGACAUGGUUCAAACCAUGCUCACCCGCAUGGCUGGCCCUUCCACGGAUGCUAGUCUCGCGCGCAAGGCCUUCCUUGUGGUUAUUGCAUUCUUGAUGCAAACUCAGCUCGCGGCGGUGCUCGAUCUGAUUGCCAACACGACCGUUGGCGACAAGAAUGGUCUGACCUUGUUGCUCCAGACCUGGGUCGAUGUCCAGCACGCUAUUAUUGGCGAUACGUUUGCCAACAAGUUGUUGAUUAUUUCGCUUUGCGCCCUUCUCAUGUCGGAGGAUCCUCGUGUGAUGGCAGUAACCCUGCCUGUUGAAGUGCAAGUGGCAGCUCCUUCCAAGAAAGUCCGCACCCGCUCUCAAACCCGUCAAACCGUUCAAAUCCAGCAACUCCCCGCCAUUAUCUCCAUGUUCCAAGUGCUUGCAGCUGAGCUACAAGUGCAACAAGAGCGCGCAGCUGCGCCUCUUGCCUCCGCCGCCGACGAAGAGGAGAGUGACUACGAGGACGAUGAUGGCCAAGGAGACGACGAUGGCGCCUACGAGGAUGUGGACGAUGGACAGGGCGAGCAGGACGACUUUGAUGAUGAUCUCUUUGGCGAUCUUUCGGACAACAUGUUCGCUGACGAUGAAGACGACGACAAGGUUGAGGAAGAGUUUGAUGUGGCGGACGAUCCGAUUUGCACCAUUGAUUUGAAGCUCUACCUGACCGACUUUUUCCGCGCAAUCAAUGCCAAGCACCCCACCGAGGUUGAGCAGAUGAUGGUUCAUGUGGACCGCAUGUCUCGCGACGCACUGAAGCGCAUUGGCAUUUGAGAGAAACAAUCGUUUCGUUUCUGUUGUUGAUUUGCUCGUUCCUUCCGCCUUUCCGCGAACUGAAAUUGGACUUUGAACGGAAUACAAUCAACAACAUACAGCACUUUGUUUGAAC